CCACUCGGUAGUUGGAAUAGAGUGUCAUCAAAACAUAUUUUUGAUAUUUUACUUGAUAAUAAAAUUACUACAAACUCACUUGAAAUAAAUUGUGACUCUAAACAAGGAAAUCAAGUAUUGUCAGAAGAUGUACCGAUAUUAAAUGAACUAAAUUUUCAACUCAAUCAAUCCCAAAGUAAAAUAUCUAAUUUAGAAAAUUUAGCUCUUACACAAAGCAACAAAUUAAAUCAAAAAUGUAUUGAAGAAAUUAAACAUCUAAAAAAACAAGUUCAAAUGUAUUCGCAAACUACAAAUAUUCUCAUUACAGAGAAGGCGGAUCUUAAUAAAUUAGUUUCUCACUAUCAAAUAUUAAUAGAAAACAAAAAUCAAAUUAUUAAAGAAUUAAAUCGAGAAUUUAAUUCAAGUGAACAUCGUUGCAACGAAUUACAAAACAACUUAUUACAAAUGCAACGACUUGUUUCUGAAAUAGAAGAGUCACAUAAACUUUUGCAAUAUAAUCAUAAAAAACUUGAUAAUAAAUGUAAUGAAUUAGAACAGUGUAAUAAAGAGCAGAAGCUAGAAAUUGCGGAAUUACAACAAAAUUUGAAUUUAAAAAAUAUUGACCUGGAAAGACUCUCUCAAGAAGUUCAAGAGAAUAACAAAAUAUUGGUAUUAGCAGAGCUUAAACUUCAACAAUUAACAAAUAAAUCGCAACACACUAAUUUACUCGAAGAUCAAAAUCAAAUUCAUACAAUGGUUGAAGAAGAAUCAUCAAAGUUACAUGAACACCUGAAAACCUUCAAUGCAGAAAAAUUAGAAAUUUUUAAUCACUACGAGAACUAUGUUAAACAAUUACUUAAUAAAUGUGAAAUCAUGAGUAAAGAUUUACUAAAGUCACAGACCAUAAUUGAAAAUUUAAAAGAACGUGAAGAGAAUUUAAAAAAACUAUGUCAUCAAGAAACACAGAAAGUCGAAUCAUUUCUUUCUCAAGAAACAAAUAAGAUUCAUGAUGAAUAUUUCACUGAAAAAAUGAAUUCUUUCUUGCAAACCCAGGAAUGCCUUACAAACACUUUAAGUGAAAAAGAAAUAGAGAUAGAACUACUGAAAAAAGAGAUAACAGAACUACAAGAACUAAAAAUUCAAAAUAUUGAAAUUUCAAAAUUAGCGUCAGCAUUAGAAAGCGAACAACUAGGUGCAUCUAGGGCUAUUUCCCAAAAUCAACAACUUAAAAAGCAAUUGAGUGAAAUGCAGGAUGCAUUUUCCACACUUAGUAGUACGAAAGUGGAUCUGACUCAACAGUUACACUAUGAAUUAAAAGUAAAUGAAGAAUUAAUAUCACAAUUGAAUUCAUUAAUCUCCAAAAAUGAACAGUUACAAAAUGAGUUAGAUAAAAAGAUAACUAUAAUAAACACGAUGGAAAUUGAAAAAUCUCAAAUAAAGUUGAACGUUUAUAAAGAAAAUGAUCGAACACAAUCAUGUGAUUUGAUCAAUUCGAGUGAAAAAAGCCAACAUACUUUAGAUUCAAAAGAAAUGUGUGAAAUUACGAAUCAGAAGUUGAACUUUGACAGUGAAACUUUCGCAAUAACAGUUAAUAAUGAUUUACAAAUUCAAAAUGGUGAACCAAUAAAAGAAGAUAAUAACUAUUUGUUAACGACCGAAAAAAAUAACAAAAAUUUUGGAGAAUCUAGAGAAACACAUACUUAUGCGCACGAUUUGAUUACUGAGCCAAGAAAAAAACUAGAAACAAGAUUUAAAGAUCUGAUGGAAAAAGUAGCAGAGUUAACUGAUGAAAAACAACGCGAGUACAUCACUUUAUAUCAUAGGCAACGUUCUACUCUUCAAAGAAAAGCCCAAGAAACCGAAAGAACAUUCCGCCACUUGAUUGAACAGUAUAAUCAACAGCAUGCACAACUUUACCAGUUAAAAGUUCUAUUAACUGAUUUGCUAAAAGCCAAUAAUGCUCCUUCAUCUUCUCAUCAAAAUAACAUGGAAUUCUCAGACCCACACCAUAAAAAUAAACUUAAUGCUGUCACAGAAAAAUUGGAAGCUAAACAUCUGGAUCAACUAAUGUUAAGUAAAAAAUCAGAGACUACAGAGAAAAUAAUUGAUUUAAUGAAACAUAUCACAGACUGUCAAGAUCCAUGUACUUUAGAGCAAAACUUUCAUCCUUGUCUAUGGUGCUCAGGAAAACUAAUUACUGUGUAA